AUGGUCACACAGGUAUAUUCAAAUAAAUUUUUCGCAUUUACAGUUAUACUCGACUUGUCAACCGACGGCAAGAUACCUUUCAUACGAGGCGGAGGACUUCCGGGUGAGUUUAACUUUGCGCAACUUCACUUCCAUUGGGGCGGAGACUCGGGGCGUGGUAGUGAACAUUUAAUCCAAUCCAAAGGAUUCUCAGGGGAACUUCAUUUCGUUCACUACAAUUCAAAAUACGGUUCGUUCACCAAAGCUACAAAACAUAAAGACGGUGUCGUCGUUUUGGCUAUUUUUAUGGAGCAGAUUGGUGUAACCGAUAACAAUGCCUUGAGUCACAUCAUUGGACAAUUCGGAGAGAUCCUUAAAGGGGGUCAAACAACCCGACUGCAGAGUCCGAUCCUUUUGCGGGAUCUUCUUCCGGUCAAUGUUCAACAUUUUUACAGGUAUACCGGCUCAUUGACCACACCCUCUUGUCAAGAAGUCGUUAGCUGGACAGUUUUUGAGUCGCCCAUCGUCGUUUCUGAACACCAAUUAAAUCAAUUUAGAAAAUUAUUCGAUAAGAAAGGGCGUAGCCUCUAUGACAAUUAUCGGCCGAUUCAAGAAGAUCAUGGGAGAAUGAUCACGUAUCAUUCCGGUAACGAAAUGCAUUUGGAACCACUUCAGUCAUGGGAGCAAAAUAUCUUGGAUUUUUUCAAAAGUUCACAGUUCGACUCGGAAAAUUUUUUCAAAUGGCGACCGUUCAGUCAUUUUGAUAAAUUAACAAAUCCUUUAGAAAUUCCUAAUUGGAGUUAACUGUCAUUGGUUGAAUAAUUUGCUAGCGCUUAAUUUUAUGCAUGUAAAUUUAUUAUGUUUUGUUUAAAUAUACCAAAGAUGUCUGUGUAAUUGG